AUGUCACCCGAGGAACUGGCUGCACUGCUCUGUGAGGAAGGAGAUCAACACCUCAUCCAGCAGGACCUACCAGCAGCCACUGCUUUCUACCUGGCUGCCUUCAGCUGCAACGCACACACAGCAGUGGAGAAAGUGAACUCCAUGGCCAAAGGGCUGUGGGAACAAGUGAUAGCCACUCUGGAGAUGUGGUGCAAAGGCAAGAGUCAGAUUCCCAAGAUCCAGAGUAAGAACCUGGCCGUUGUGUCCCUCAGCGUGGGAAUAGCUGCUAUCUUCCUCUCCGCCCUAAACCCCGACAACGUGGUAGCCUCGGUGUACAAACUGGAGAACCUGCUGCAGAGAGGAUUCUCAGAGGAGGUGGUGGGUAAAUGCACUGUCCUGCUGCAGGCUAACCCCAAGCAUUCCAUGGAGCUGCUGCUGCUCAGGGCUCUGGCGUGGGUGCUGUCGGGGGCACAGCUCAGGAAAGGUGUUGUGGACUAUAUCCAAGCCUAUGUGCUCUACCAGGCUGAGGCAGUGGCCUACGUGUGCAGUAGGCAAAGGGAGCACCUGCCACAGGUCAUCGAGGCCUUCUCUAAUUUUCUCUCAACGUGCCAGAGGGAAAGCCCAGACAGCAGCCCCUUGGACCAGUGGCUGGCCAACUGCUACGGCUUCUUGUCCGCGGUGGCCCCGGGCAGUGUCUGGGUUUGCAGGGCACAGGCAGCUUACCUCUUUAAAAGAGGCAAAUUUGAGGAGUGUGUGGCAGUUUGCACCAAGGCCCUCAAGGGUUUCUCAGCUGAUAAUCUCAGAGAUGAGAAGGUUUUGGGUCUGCUCCUGGAACGAGCUGCUGCAUACUUCUUCCUGGGGGGCUGGAUGCAGGAGAUGGUGCAGGAUCUAGCAGAAGCCUUUGCAGCAAACCCUGCCCAGGCAAUGAAACACUUUGAGGAGCUUUUCUCACUGUGUGAUGUUAAGAAGAUAGAGGAACAGGCCAGAGCUGUCCUGGAGGUGAAGUUUGUAGCAUACAGGGAGACUGUGCGUGCUCGGACCGAGCUCAGAGGCAAUCAGGGUGCUGAACUGCUCCCUCCUGUCAUCCAGACCAUCCAGCUGCUCCUCCAGCUGUCCCCGGGGUUCAGGCGUGAGCUGAGCGUGCGACUCGCAGACUGUCACCUCCUGCAGGGACACACUGCAGCUGCCCUGGAGAUCUGUGACCAGCUCUUGGCAGCAGAGCAGAAAACUUACCACAACACCCUGUUGGCACUGCGAGGAUUCUGCUCCCUCCACGCUCACGACCACCAGCAAGCCCUGCAGGACUUCCAGAAGGUCAUUGAGCAUGAGUCCCCCCAUCCCAACAGCUGCAUCAAAGCCUUGUGUGGCCGUGGGCUGAUCCGGAUUUCUGGUGGCAACCACUAUUUGACAGCCCUGGAUUACAUCACAGCUUGCCAGUUAAAGCUGGAAGAAACCAUCUUCACAAUCAAGUCCUAUGUGCCAUGGAACCAGAGAGGACUUCUGCUAAAGGUUCUCCAAGAGGAAGGACAGAGGAUGCUCCAGAAGAAAAGGUAUGCAGGAGGCAGUGCAGUUUCUUUUCAGAAAAUCAAAUGGGGCUGUGCAACUGCCUAACUCCUAACCCUGAAGGUGUUUUGUUGGUUUUGCCCCUCCAGGGAUGCCCCUGGGGUUUUCCAGCUGGCUUCUCUCCUGGUGGAGCUGGAUGCCUCUGACGAGGCAUCUCGGAUCCUCUGUGCUGAUGCUCUGUACCAGAUGGGCCGUGUGGAAGAGGCUCACAAGCUGCUCCUGCUCUCACUCUCCAGGAACCCACAAAGGGCUCCUGUCCUGGCCAGACUUGCACUGCUGCAGCUGAAGAAAGGCUUCGUGUAUGAUGGCAACCAGCUGCUCAAGAGAGUGAUCAGAAUUGGAGAUACCUCCUGCCUCCUGCCAAUCAUGGAUAUCGCCAAGGAUGAAGACAGGAAGCUGAUGCAAAUCCACUGCCACUUCAGAGCACUGAGCAUCCUAAAGAACAAGCAGGAGGAUGCUGACAUCAAAGAGGCCAUUGCCUACCUGUCCUUUGCCAUCAUUGCUGCAGGUGGUUAUGCUGAGGAUUGUCUUCUCACCAGGGCUCGAUGCUAUGGGCGCCUGGGGCAGAUGAAAACUGCUAUUUUUGAUUUCAAUGCCAUCCUAAAGGAGGAUCCCAGGAAUGUGCAAGCUCUGAGCGGCCGAGGGUUCAUUUACCUUGCUCUGAAGCAGCAGAAGGAGGCAGUGCAAGACUUGAUGUCAGCCCUGAAGGUGCAGGCAGGAGCAGUGAUCCCAGCCAUCCUGUCCUUGAAGAGAGAAGCCCAAAGGCUCAUCACUCAGUGGCUCCUCCAGCAUGGCAGGGCUGAGCUGGCCCAGCUCGUGGCUACUGGAGACCUUCCAAAAGAAGAAACCCUCAAGGACCUUCUCAUGAUUGCUAAAACACUAACUAAAAUUUGCAAGGCUGCACAAUAUCACAUCUUCUACACAGACGUUUUGAUAGCAAAUGGUAAGUAUGAAGAGGCCCUGAGCCACCUCCAGGAAGCUUUUGGCCGCUCUCCUGCCGAUGCCUUGGCUGGGGCACGACUUGCUGUGCUGCAGCUGAAGAGGAGGAACAUGUCUGGGGCAGCUCACUCCCUCAGCAUCCUGGCCAGGAGAGAUGAAAGGGAGCUGGCAUUUCUCCUCAACUUCAUAGAUGCUAAGCAACAGCAGCAUCUCUCGCAGAUAGCAGCCCAGGAAGGAAACGUGCAGCUCAAAGAGCAUCACCCUGAGAAGGCUCUGGGUUAUUACACUCUGGCUGUCCUGGCCAGCAGGGACAACCCCAGGUGCCUGCGGCGCAGAGCUGCCUGUCUCAUGCACCUCAGGAACUACGAGAGAGCCCUGAGAGACAUGGACAAAGUGAUCCAGAAGCACAGCAGCAGCAGCCUGAGGACACGUGUGGAGGAUCACUGCUCCAAGGGCCACUUGCUGCUGUCCCUGGGCGAGGAGGAGGCAGCAGUGCUGCAGUACAUCGAGGCUCUGCAGCUGGACGAGCCCCUGGCACUCUGCAGCAUCACCAGGUACCCUGGCAGUGAGGUCUUAACCAGGACAUUUCAUAAGGUUGCCCAGUCUAACUUUGAAAUGCAGCACUAUGAAGAGGCCUGGAAAAUCACAGACUAUGGGCUGAAAAUUGAUAAAAGUACUGAGCUUCAAAAGCUGAAAGCAAAGCUGAAGCGAGAGGCAUCAGGCUGCAGCAUACACUGA